AUGGAUGGCAAAAUGCGAACAGUGAUUAUUAACAACAAAAUCUACUGGCCCAAUGGACUCUCCAUUGAUUACCCAAAUAAACUUCUCUAUUUUGCUGAUGCUUAUCUUGAUUAUAUUGAUUUUUGUGAUUACAAUGGAAACAACAGACGACAGGUGGUUGCAAGUGAUCUGAUAUUGCAGCAUCCACAUGCUCUAACUGUCUUUGAAGAUUUUGUAUACUGGAGUGACCGCUACACUAAUCGAGUAAUUCGGGCCAAUAAAUGGCAUGGAGGAAACCAGACAGUUAUGAUUUAUAACAUUCACCAGCCUUUGGGGCUUGUGGCAGUCCAUCCUGUAAAGCAACCUAAUGUUGAACAUCCUUUCCUUAUUGCUGUAAGAGAUAAUAUAAUUUAUGGAAUUUCUCUGAACCCUGAGGAGAAGACAAAUGAUGCUAUGGUUCCAAUAGCAGGAGUUCAAAAUGGUGUUGAUGUUGACUUUGAUGACUCCGAACAGAUGAUUUAUUGGGUUGAAAACCCGGGUGAAAUUCACAGAGUGAGGUCAGAUGGAGCCAACAGGACAGUUUUUGCUCCUGCAGCUGUUAUUGGUGCUCCUAUUGGCCUGGCAUUGGACUGGAUAUCUGCAAACCUGUAUUACAGUAACCCAGGGACACAGUCAAUUGAGGUCCUGAAGCUGCAUGGUGACGUAAUGUACAGGAAAACACUGAUUACCAAUGAUGGCACUUCUCUGGGAGCUGGCACACCAAUUGGUUUGACAGUUGAUCCAGCGAGAGGGAAGCUGUACUGGACAGACCAGGGAACUGACAGUGGAGUCCCAGCAAAGAUUUCCAGUGCAAGCAUGGAUGGAUCAGGCAUACAAACCCUCUUCACUGGCAACCUUGACCAUGUAGAGUUCAUUACCAUUGACAUUAAAGAACAAAAGUUGUACUGGGCUGUCACAAGCACAGGAGUGAUUGAGAAAGGCAAUGUGGAUGGUACAAAUCGUGUGACUCUGGUGGUUCAUCUUUCUCAUCCAUGGGGAAUUGCUGUGUAUGAUACCUUUCUAUACUAUACUGAUCGAGAUUAUGAAGUUAUUGAACGAGUUGACAAGUCCACUGGAGCAAACAAAGUAGUACUGAGAGAUAAUGUCCCAAGACUGAAGUGCCUACGUGUAUAUUAUAGAGACAAUUCUGCUGGUUCGUCAAAUGGCUGCAGUAAUAAUAUUGGAGUUUGCCAGCAGCUUUGCCUGCCUGUACCCGAUGGAUUAUUCUCCUGUGCCUGUGCUACUGGCUUUCAGCUAAAUCCUGAUAACAGAACCUGUUCCCCUUACAGUUCAUUUGUAAUUGUUUCUAUGCUUUCUGCAAUUAAAGGAUUUAGUUUAGAGACCUCUGAUCACUCUGAAGCCAUGGUACCACUGGCAGGAAGAGGACGAAAUGCACUUCAUGUGGAUGUUCACAUGCCUUCUGGUUUCAUUUACUGGUGUGACUUCAGUAGCACAAUUUCUUCUCAGAAUGCAAUACGUAAAAUUAAACCUGAUGGUUCUUAUUUUAGAAAUGUUGUUACAAAUGGAAUAGGACGAAAUGGGAUCCGUGGCAUUGCAAUUGACUGGGUAGCAGGAAAUCUUUAUUUUACAAAUGCAUUCCUGACAGAGACUUUUAUAGAAGUUUUGCGUUUAAACACAACUUACCGCCGUGUUUUGCUUAAAACUACCAUAGAUAUGCCAAGGCACAUAGUAGUUGACCCAAAAACCAGGUAUCUAUUCUGGGCAGAUUAUGGGCAAAAUCCGAAGAUUGAACGUGCGUUUCUUGACUGCACCAACAGAACAGUUCUUGUGUCUGAGGGCAUUGUCACACCUCGUGGGUUGGCCAUAGAUCACAGCAAUGGCUACAUUUAUUGGGUGGAUGAUUCCUUAGAUAUGAUUGCAAGAAUUCAACCUGAUGGUGGUGAUGUUGAAAUUGUGCGUUAUGGCAGUCGCUAUCCAACUCCGUAUGGUAUCACUGUCUUUGGAAAUUCUAUGAUCUGGGUGGAUCGGAACCUGAAAAAAGUCUUCCAAGCCAGCAAGGAGCCAGGCAAUACUGAUCAGCCAACGGUAAUACGAGACAACAUUAAUUGGCUAAGGGAUGUUACCAUUUACAACAGUCAUUUCCAGUCACGUUCACCCCUUGAUGUCAACAACAAUCCUUGUUUGGACAACAAUGGAGGCUGUUCUCAUCUGUGUUUUGCCCUGCCUGACAUGCAGACACCCAAAUGUGGUUGUGCCUUUGGAACGCUAGGCAGUGACGGCAAGAGAUGUUCCAUUUCAACUGAUGAUUAUCUGAUUUUUGCUCUUGAGAAUGCCCUCAGAAGUAUCCAUCUAGAUCCUGAAAAUCACAGUCCUCCCUUCCGCACAGUCAAUGUGUUAAGAACUGCAGUGGCCCUGGAUUUUGACAGCAUAAACAACCGAAUAUAUUUUACACAAAGUUAUCCUUCAGGGACAGGAAGAAUCAGUUAUGUUAGUAUUUACUCAGGAAUUGGCUCUCCAACAAUAGUUGCAUCUGACCUGGGGACUCCAGAUGGCAUAGCCUUUGACUGGAUCAACAACAGAGUGUACUACAGUGACUACCUCAAUCAGACUAUCAGCUCAAUGGCUGUGGAUGGAUCUAACCGCACAGUGAUUGCUCGGGUUCCACGACCAAGAGCCAUUGUAUUAGAUCCCUGCAGAGGGUAUAUGUACUGGACUGACUGGAGUUCAAAUGCAAAGAUAGAACGGGCUACACUUGGAGGAAACUUCAGAACACCUAUUGUGAGCACCAAUUUGGUAUGGCCAAAUGGACUUACCCUGGACUAUGAAGAACAGCAGCUAUACUGGGCUGAUGCAAAUCU